AUGCCCGGCUGCUCACCCUUGCUGGGCGACCUGCUCAACUCCAAGCGGCAGGCCUACGAAAAGCAUCUCACCGACGUCAAGCUCAAGCGCACUGCCGUCACCUGCUGCCUCUGUCGAGCCCAGUCCCACCUCGACACCGACGACCGCCGCAGCCUCAAGAGCGUCGUCUGCCCUUGCACUCACCCCUUGUGCGCCAGCUGCCCCAUCCGCUCCGACGUCUUGACCCAACUCAACGGCUUCCGCCACCCAAUCGCCGCCCGCGACCGCCUUCGGCAUUCCUACGGCUUCUACUGUGACAGUUGCGGCGCUUCCAACAAGGUGCCGCCUGUGCUCCAGCCUCGCACCGCUGACUCACCACGUCGCCUCCGCGCGGGGCCCCCUGCCAAGGAGUGGACUGUCGACUUCACCUGGCGCAAGUGUCGAUGGUGUGAGCUGCGCUGUCAUGAAAAGUGCCUGCUGUACUGCAUCAAGCGGUGGGAGCAGCUCUCGGAAGCCAGCAGGAGCCCCAGGAGGAACAGAAAGGACUACGACUAUCAUGCGAAUGCCAUCAAAGCCCGCAUCGCCGCCGGACAUCCUACUUCUCCGCUAGCUCUGUACACCUCAGCUCCGGACGAUGUUGGCUCCAAUGAUGCAGCCAGCCCCAGCCUUACCGCCGAAGAAAUCGAGACGCUCGAGUACGGCAUGUGA